GUUCCUAUGUGAGGAAAAGUUAAUGUUUGUGCGCUAAGAGAUUUACAUAAAAACAAUCCGGGAGUAUCAUCAGUAAUUUAAACAAUACUCGUGUUUACUCGUGCACAUUAUAAGUUUGAGUUUAGGGUUUGGAUGUUAGUUCAUUUUUAAAUGUGAUGUGCUGGAAAAAAAACGUCGACGAAAGAAUAAACAACAUUUUUUCUUUUCAGUUCAGGGAACAUCGGACACGAAGGAUUGAGCCACUCGAUUUCAGCCCUGGAUUUUAAAAAACAUUAUCUUGGAUUGUUGUGUAUAAAAUAAAAAUUACUUGAUGAAGUUUGGCCACUUUUUAAAGGGAUCGAAGGAUGUGAAAGAUCGGUCGGCUGAAGUUUUGGAGUCUUUCACUCCUUGCCCUGCCUGUGAGGAAACUGGCUUCGAGCUCAUGUGUGUAUGUUUGUGAAAAUGAAUUGUGCAACAGGGAAGAGGCUGAAGCUGAGCUCGGUUGUGUUUCUCCUCUUUGGGGGUUUCCUCUACCGGCUGACCAUCAGUGCCACACUCUACAGGCCUCAGAUUGGAGAGGACCACAGUUCAGCAGAGGCACCGGUGCUGGAGGAACCUGCCACUGCAACUCAUGAAUCAGAGCCCACUGAUCAAACGACGAGUGAGGUGCAUGUAGUGAAACAUCUGGAUACAACUACGUCAGAUUUGAAAGCAUCCACCCCCACUGAAUUUCCACCACUGACAACCACAAACCGGACUUUUGUGCACUGCAUCUACCUGGCCCCUGAGCCUCCACCAGAGACCCUUGCACCAGCUCCAGCUCCUCCUGAGGCUCCACAUAUUAGAGGAGAAUACCCUGCAGAUGUUUUUACUAUAGCAGACCGCAGACGAGGCUGGGUGGUCCUCCACAUAUUUGGGGUGAUUUACUUGUUUGUGUCACUUGCAAUUGUGUGCGAUGAGUUUUUUGUUCCUGCUCUGGGGGUAAUCACAGACAAGUUAGCCAUCUCUGAUGAUGUGGCAGGAGCCACCUUCAUGGCAGCUGGAAGAUCUGCCCCAAAGUUGUUUGCCUACGUCGUAGGGGUCUUCAUCGCCCACAGCAACGUGGGCAUCCGCACGAUAGUUGGCUCAGCGGUCUUCAACAUUUUGUUUGUGAUUGGAAUGAGUGCUCUGUUUUCUCGGGACGUUCUUCAUCUCACUUGGUGGCCACUCUUCAGAGAUGUCUCCUUCUACAUACUCCCCCUUAUCUUACUUAUCAUCUUCUUCCUGGAUAAUGUCAUAAUGUGGUGGGAGAGCAUGAUGCUGGUGGCCAGUUACUGUCUCUAUGUGAUCUUCUUGAAGUUUAACGUGCAAUUAGAGCGGGCCUUCAAGAGCCAACUCCACAAACACAAGAAUAUCUUGAAAAUCCGUGCUGUGGAGGAACCUGACGAGGUGGACAUGUCUGCAAGAGAGGGUGGGUCAAAAGACUGUGACCGUAAUGAUGAAGACGAAAAGGAUAAAAACAGAGAUGAUUCCAGUGAAAAUGAUGAGAAGGAAGUGACGGUGAAAGAAGAGGAGAAUGAGGAUAAACCUCUGUCUUUAGAGUGGCCUGACACACUACAUAAACAAGCCUCCUACCUCUUCCUGCUGCCCAUAGUCUUCCCUCUGUGGCUCACAGUUCCUGAUGUUCGCAGACAGAAAUCCAGAAAGUUCUUUGUGGUCACCUUUCUGGGCUCCAUUCUGUGGAUUGCUGUCUUCUCCUACCUCAUGGUGUGGUGGGCACAUCGGAUAGGUGAAACCAUCGGCGUCUCACAUCAGACUCUAAUCAUCCUGGCUUCAGAGACGUCCGCCCCCGACCUCAUUACCAGCGCGAUAGUUGCACGUAAAGGUCGUGGUAACAUGGCUGUGUCCGGCUCUUUGGGCAGUAACAUCUUUGACAUCACUGUGGGUCUGCCAGUCCCAUGGCUCCUGCUCUCAUCCAUCCACAGUUUGGCUCCAGUGGCCGUCAGCAGCAAUGGGCUCCUACGUGCCGUGACACUCCUCCUCCUCCUCAUGCUCCUCUUUGUCGUCAUCAUUGCGUCCUGCAAGUGGAGGAUGAAUAAGAUGCUGGGUUGCAUCAUGCUCCUGCUCUACUUCAUCUUCCUGCUGUUUAAUUUCAUGGUUCAGUAGCUCAACAUUAACUUGCCCCUUCCUGUAUUUCAAAGGCCUUAAAUCUUCUGUGCACAGUAAAUCUUAUCCGCUCAUGACACAGACAGAUGAAAGUAUAACAUCUCAAAAGGCUACAUUUACCAUAAUGUCCAAACAUAUUAUUAUCACAUUACAUCUUGAAUCUACUUCUGCAUCUGCACACACACACCAGCACAGGUUAAUUCAGGAUUAGCCAAUAGGAAUGCUAGAUAUGAGUCAGCUGGUCACUGCCAACAUAACGUGCCUCGCAUGACACUCUCUGCAGCCGGCAGCGUUAUAAAGAAGACGACUCACAGAACUCUACACAGAACUGUUAAUAUCUCCUCUCAUCUUAGACCUCUCUGCUCUGUGAUGUAAACCUGUAUGAAACAUAGUAGCUGUUUAGAGGAGACAUGUUUGUUCCUCUUAUGAUUCAUAUUAAAGAUUGUAUGUUA